AUGUUCGGGGACAACACGACAGACAAGUGCGACGGCAAGGACAUCAUUCCGCCGGCCUCCAAGACGGUGCGCGAUCUUGAGGUGCAGCUGGUCCUGUCCUUGAUCCUGGGCGUUGGCGCCUUGAUCGCAUUCUGCAUUCUGCGCCCGCGAUGGCCGACCCUAUAUGCUGCGCGCAAGAGGCGCCUUGAUCCGAAUAUUGGCCUGCCGGCCCUGACCGACUCUUUCUUUGGAUGGAUCCCCACGCUCUACAAGGUGUCUGAGCAGCAGGUUCUGGCGUCGGCUGGACUCGAUGCGUUUGUUUUCUUGACCUUUUUCAAAAUGGCCACCCGCAUCUUCGCCAUCAUGACCUUUUUUGCCGUCGUUGUCCUGUGGCCGAUCAACUACAGUUAUCGAAACUUUCAACCCUUGUGGGGAGGUAACGAUGACACGCCUGGCGAUGAUAACGACGAUCUUUACAAGCCCAUUGGCUUGCCUUAUGGCUCUCUCUCUCUGGGCAUAGGUAUGGCAGGAGAUGGGCCUGAAAAAGAUAGGAGCCGAGAGAGAACAUUUCUAUGGGCUUACGUCUUUUUCACCUACUUUUUCGUCGGAUUGACGAUUUAUUUUAUCAACAAGGAGACGUUCCGCAUCAUUGGCUACAGGCAAGACUACCUGGGGUCGCAGUCUACCAUUACAGACCGAACGUUUCGCCUCACUGGCGUUCCAGUUUCCUUCAGAACCGAAGCGCGUAUCCGCACGCUCAUUGAGAAGCUGGGCAUCGGCAAGGUCGAGAACGUGUCGAUAUGUCGAGACUGGAAGGCGCUUGAUAAGACCGUGGAGGAAAGAAACGAAGUUCUUCACAAGCUUGAAGAAUCUUGGGCGCGUUACCGAAAGCAACAGCGAUAUUCAGCCGCGAAUGAUCGCUACAACCGAAAUGGUGGCGCGAAUUCCUCUCGAAACGAUUCACAUAUCAGCCAGGGUGAUGAGGAGACGGGCGAGGACUGGCGGCUCCUGGGAGACGACUCUGACCAAGCCCACGUCACCGAAGGCGAUCGACCGCAGAUUUCACUACGAUACGGAAUUUUUGGGCUCCGAAGUCGCAGGAUCGAUGCCAUUGACUAUUAUGAGGAGAAGCUUCGAAAGAUGGAUGACAAGGUCAUUGAGGCUCGGAAGAAGGACUACAAUACUACGGACAUGGUACUUGUCACCAUGGACUCUGUCAUGUCCUGCCAAAUGGUCGUCCAGGCUCGGAUUGACCCACGGCCUGGCCGGUUCCUGACCAAGGCUGCGCCUUCGCCUUCUGAUAUUGUAUGGAAGAACACGUACGAACCUCGUGGGGUGCGUCGAAUCAAGGCGUGGACGAUUACUCUAUUCAUCACGAUCCUCACCCUGGUCUGGAUUUUCCCAACAGCAUUUCUUGCUUCGUGGCUUAGCAUAUGCACCAUCCAGAAGGUCCUGCCCCCCUUCUCCGAGUGGCUCAAGGACCAUGCCGUCAUUCACUCGCUAUUCCGAAACGGUCUGCCCACGGUCGUGGUUUCGUUGCUCAACGUUGCUGUCCCCUACCUCUAUGAAUACUUAUCCAAUCGCCAGGGAAUGAUAUCGCACGUCGAUGUGGAGCUCUCGCUCAUCUCCAAGAACUUUUUCUUCACCUUCUUCAAUACCUUUUUCGUCUUUGCUGUUUCGAGAACGGCAUUUGAAUUUUGGAGCGUGCUUCAGGAUUUUCUCAAAGAUACAAGCAAGAUCCCUAGAGCUAUCGCGGCUAAUGUGGAAGAUUUAUCCGUCUUCUAUAUCAGUUUCAUCAUACUACAAGGUGUUGGCCUGAUGCCUUUUCGAAUUUUGGAAGUCGGAAGCGUCUUCCUCUUCCCAAUUAACCGUUUCCUGGCCAAGACUCCGCGAGACUAUGCGGCGCUUAAGAAGCCGCCAGUAUUCCAAUAUGGGUUCUAUCUGCCUACCUCGCUGCUUAUUUUCAACCUUUGCGUCAUCUACAGUGUCUUGAGAUGGGGCUUUGCCAUCCUGAUCUUUGGAACACUCUAUUUCUCGAUUGGGUAUUUCACAUUCAAGCACAUGCUCUUAUAUGCCAUGGACCAGCCGCAACAUGCAACCGGAGGCGCGUGGCAGAUUAUCUGCUAUCGCAUUGUCAUCGGGCUAAUUGUAUUUGAGGUUGUCAUGAUUGGGCAGAUUGCAUCUCUUGCGGCCUUUGUCCAGUCAGUGGCCGUUAUGCCUCUUAUUCCCUUUUCGAUUUGGUAUACCUAUUAUUUCAAGAGGCGAUAUAUGCCUCUUAUGAAGUACAUUGCCCUGCGAGCCAUCAGACCCGAGGAAGGCUCUGGCGAGGGUGAGGCUGUUGUGGAUGAAGAGGAGUCUGAUGAUGCUAGCCCGGACCGCUUACGAUCGCGAGAAAUGCUGCGUAGAGGUAGCACAUUGGAUGAACUUAAAGAGAGAGACUUGACAUUUACCAACCCAAGUCUCGUCAUGCCUCUCCAGCAACCCUGGGUUUACACCGACCCGCCUCCAAUUGUGAUGACCGACGAGGAUUCAGAAGAUGGCUCAGCAGAAGGCUCUGAAGACCAGCCGAGAGUACUGCUGCCUAAUGCAGAUAGCUCUUUGGGCAUCGGAGAAGACAACGUGUGGUUGAAUACUGCAGGACGAGAUCGAGAACGAAGAUGA